GCGCCCUGCUCACCGGCACCCCCCAAGCCCAACCGAGCCCAGCCUGCACGAGCACGGAAAGCGUCCUUGUCUCACACAUCUCCCUGGCUGCAGCGCCUUUAAACGUCAAGCCGUUCGGGAGUUUAUAAGCUCGAGUCAACUUUUUCGACCCAAGUUCACCGAGACCCCUCUCCAACGCCCCACGUGAGCAACGCAGCCAGCGAGAAGGGAGGGAAGGCGAAGCCUCCAGCGCUCUCUCGGGGAAGUAACUGGGGUAUCCCGCCACUGGAAUCCUGUCACGGGGAGGCCACCACCCGCCUCCCGUACAAGCCGAGGCUACAAGGGGUACAAGAAGCCAUUGAGACCAGAGAUGGUACGUUUUGUGCAGAAUUAGUAUCAUUUAAACAUCCACAUGUUGCAAACCCACGACUACAGCUUCCAUCUCCGGAGGAGAAGUGUCAACAAGUUUUGGAAUCGCCAUAUGAUGAAAUGUUUGCAGCCCACUUAAGGUGUACUCAUGCUGUUGCAAACCAUGACUUUGUAGAAGCAUACAAAUGCCAAACAGUCAUUGUCCAAUCUUUCCUGCGAGCGUUUCAGGCACAUAAAGAAGAAAAUUGGGCCUUACCCAUUAUGUAUUCUGUAGCCCUUGAUCUUCGAAUUUUUGCUAAUAAUGCAGAUCAACAACUUGUGAAGAAAGGGAAAAGCAAAGUUGGUGACAUGUUGGAAAAAGCAGCAGAACUGCUGAUGGGCUGCUUUCGAGUCUGUGCCAGUGACACUCGUGCAGGCAUCGAAGACUCAAAAAAGUGGGGCAUGUUGUUUCUUGUGAAUCAGCUGUUUAAAAUUUAUUUUAAGAUCAACAAGCUCCAUCUCUGUAAGCCCUUAAUUAGAGCAAUUGACAGCUCUAAUCUGAAGGAUGACUAUAGUAUGGCACAGAGAGUUACCUACAAAUACUAUGUUGGACGCAAGGCCAUGUUUGACAGUGACUUUAAGCAAGCUGAAGAGUAUCUGUCAUUUGCCUUUGAGCACUGUCACCGGUCAAGCCAGAAGAACAAAAGAAUGAUUUUGAUCUACCUGCUGCCAGUGAAAAUGUUGUUGAGUGCCUCUCUGCUGAUCAACUGCACGCAAAAGCCAGGGAAGGGCCAUAUGCCAACAGUUCAGCUCUUAAAAAAGUAUGACCUUAUGCAGUUUGCUGAAGUAACGAAGUCUGUGAGUGAAGGAAAUCUCCUCCUACUGAAUGAUGCUCUGACCAAGCAUGAGACCUUUUUUAUUCGAUGUGGAAUCUUUCUUAUCCUUGAGAAGCUGAAAAUCAUCACAUACAGGAAUCUCUUCAAGAAAGUAUAUUUACUACUCAAAACUCAUCAGCUAUCUCUAGAUGCGUUUCUGAUUGCUCUGAAGUUCAUGCAAGUAGAUGAUGUUGAUAUUGAUGAAGUCCAGUGUAUUUUAGCUAACCUCAUAUAUUUGGGUCACAUUAAAGGCUACAUAUCCCAUCAGCAUCAGAAGCUUGUGGUCAGCAAGCAGAACCCAUUUCCUCCACUCUCAACAGUGUGUUGUUGAGUAUUGUAUCUCAGCUGUGCAAGUACUCUUCAGAUACUCAGCUUGCCCACUGGAAUUGCUCCCAAUGACCCCAAGAGCACUGUAAAUGGUCUGGUUCAUGUCCAGGACUGAAAUACCAGGAACUGUUUGUGGCUCCUUUCCAAGAAUGGUCAAGGCUGCCAGUGUUACAAAGUGCAUUGAAAUGAAAUGGUGACUUUCAGAUGGUAGUUUCCACAGGCUUUCUAGAUCAUUCAAGGUAUUUCAUGAAGAAAUAAAGCAAAAGCAUUCCAAAUUCCUUCCUAACUACUUAAAGCUUUUAUAAAGUACUUCAUGUUACUAUUUCUGUGUUUAUCCUUCAGAGAGAAGUAUCAGCCUUUGUUACUUGUGUUAAUCCAUUCUUCAGAGUGGAAGAAAUGUUUUCUUACAUGGUUUCCAAGAUUUUUAUAAGUGUCAGUAAUUUUGCUGGUAUUAAAUACUCUAUUUAAACUGUCUAUAAAAAAUAGAGAGGUGUUUGAUACCAAAAGCUUUAUUGUGUCAGUAAUACAGGGUUGAACAAAUGUGGUAGGUGCCCACAGAUGGCUGUGGGAUUUUUUUUUUUUUUUUUUAAUUCUGGUCAUAUUCUGUUUAAUUUUUGUUAUGAUGAACAAAAACUCAUGUAACUGAUUUAUCCAUGCUGUUUUAUUUUGCUUCUGGGGAAAACACUACCACUGGAUCCAGUAUUUUAAGUGUUACUACCCUGGGGGUUGAUUGGUUGUUUGAGGAUGAUACAACAUAACUUUGUCCAGACUGAUGAGAUCAUAGUUUUAGGGUUUUAAAUUUAUUUAUAAAAUAAAUAAAACAUUUUUUUUUCUGUC